CAUUAGGAGAGCAUUAAUACUCGGACAUUUCAAAAAAAAAAAAAAAAAAAAAAAAAAAAAAACAUUAAAGUAAAUCUCUCUAAACUUACAGAAAAUACCGAAUGUCAAUAAAAGACUUGUGAUGAGGGGAAACAAACAGAUGUCCUGUGUAUCGAUAGGAAACGCCACCCGAGGGCGCACUUUCCCGCGCAUUAUCAAUAUAAUAAUUCUUUAGCUAAUAUUUCAGUAUGCUUCCUGUGAGAUGAUCAUAGCUUUAUCAUCUCUCACAAUUUAAUUAGUAGAAGAGUUCUGUUCUUGCCUUAAUAUCAUAAUUGUAAUGGCAAAAAGCAAUUCACUUUUAAUUAAGUGAUGCUGUUUUUGUAUUAAAGUUUAUUUUAUUUUUACAUUAAAUACCCCAUGAUUGUGUAAGACUAAUUUCAUGGUAUGAAUUAUUGAUAAAUUAUCAAUAAUAUUUAUAUAAAGUUAUAUUAGCAAAAUGUAUUAUUUUCCUCUUAUUUGUUUUUCAUUAUCAUAUAAAUGUGUAAAAGAAGUGGUUAAUUUUUUCUCAGUAAUUUGUCAGAUCACAAGUGAAAUUCUACGUUUAACCUCCAAAUCAUCAAAUGCUCAUCAGAGCAAUGUUUCAUUCUGAACAAACAGCCAGAGCUUUAGUUUAGUACAUUUGUCUGCUGUUCUCAAAAUGUCAAAUUACUUUCAUCAUUAUCUAAACAUAUUAUGAUUCUCUGUCGAAAUAGUCUUUCCCCUCAAAACGUCUAGUCAUUAAAUGUAAAAUAGCUGAAAUAGUUGUCGUAAUUUGGCGAGCGUCUUUUGUAUACAUCUCUCUCUCUCUCUCUCUCUCUCUCUUAAUUUUUUCAAAUAAUUUAAUUUAAUAUAAUGAAUGUUGAACAUCACAAAUGAAAGGGAAUGUAAAGCAUUAGAUCAAUCUGUUCUCUAAAAUAGGUCAGAUAUACAUUUCACAAAGCUACAUUUGAGCACCAUAUAGACAGAGCUGAGAAGAAGAAGAAGAAGAAGAAGAAGAAGAAGAGGAAGAAGAGGAAGAAGAAAAAGAAGAAGAAGAGGAAGAAGAAGAAGUGAGUAUAGAGAGGCAGUUAUUAUGGAGACCAUGUUCAGAAUCAUUCAUUCGUCUGUAGACAGAAGAGUAGUCAAACAAUGUGCACUGUACUGAUUCAUAUUACAGUCCACUUGUGUUUUACACUCUGAAUAUAGAGAGAGAGAGAGAGACAGUUCAGUCUCUUGUAAUAUUUGUUGGUAGAUUUGUAGCAAUAGCCAACUCUUGUAACAUUGUAUGAGUCAAAAUUAUACAUUUAAAAAAAUAGACCCUUAUGGUUUUGUGGCCCAGGGUCACAGUUCAUUUGUACUGUUGAAAACAAACAGAAUAAGUGCAGUCUUGUGUAGUUUCAGUAAUUGUCAUGCAAACUGUAGCCACAGUGCACUUCCUGCCAGAGAUGAAACAUUCAGAUGGCACUGGUGCUCAUAAAUACUUCUGAGAGAUGAUGAACUAAUGAACGUGAGAAAGUUCAGGCUUUUAUAGGUUAUCCAUUGGGUGGUGCUUUGAGAAAUGCAUGUAGCUACUGGUUUGCAAAUGUUAUGGUUGACUGGAGCACUAGAGAAGAGAGAGAGAGCGAGAGAGGGAGGGAGGAGACUCCAUCACAGUUUGUGUGUGUGUGUGUGUGUGUGUGUGUGUGUGUGUGCUCUGAACAGCAGCGGAGAUCUGAGGAGUGUGUGGCUCUGCUUCACCCACACUGGAUCUGAGCGACACGCUGCUGCUCCUCACGAUGUGUUUCUGUGUGAGCUGCUCUUAGGAUCGUCUGUGGAGUUACACAGUCUGACACUGACCACGGACCAGCCAUUCGACAGUGAUGAGGAGUUCCUAGUCCUGAGCUGGAGUCACGCCACGUUCAGAAGAACUUAUUUUCACUCUGUGACUUUAUCAGAGUAAUAAAGCGUCUGCAGCUGAGAUGGAGGCAUCUCUUCAGUAGAAGUGCUCCUGUGCUUGUGUUGCUCUGGGUCCCUCACAUCACCUCGGGCGUGACCUCAGGAGUGAAGCAGGGAUGCUGGACCUCUGCUCUUCUGUGUUUGCUCACUGCUUGAUCUCGUCCUGUCUUCUCUUGUGUCAGGCAGAGCUCCAGAGGUCUUGCUCUCAGCACGGUAUAAACAGAGGAGCAGAGGGCUGCCAGCUGCUGUGCCCCUGCAGCACAUACCCUCCUGUACCUCCUCCUCCUCCUCCACCUCCUCCACCUCUGCUGCGAGGACUGACCGCUGCGGCUCCGGAGGCUUCUGCUCCUCUGUCGAGGCCCUGGUGGAUGGAGAUCAUUGUGCUUGGGAUGACAGGAAGUGCUUUGGCUGUCUUUCUUUUGCUAGCAGUCAUUAUCUGCUACAAGGCCAUGAAGAGGAAACCGAAGAAGAUGGAGGUGAAUGGUACAAACUGUGGAGAAGAUGCAAUGAGCUCUUUCAAAAAGACCAACACUGCUGCGGUGGGCACGAGGAGCGUGUGAAACCCAAAGGAAAUAUUUCCAGCUAAUCAUGAAGUCAGUGAAGUCGGAAUAAUGCAAAGCGAUCCAGAGCCCCUCCGGAUGCAAUUAGAAGGGACAGAGCUGCUGUGUUGAUCUGCAUCUGUGACAUUUGCAUGCUAUAAAUCACAAAAACCCAGCUAAUGACAGAUGUCUGACAAAUAGAUUUCAGAUAGUCCUUCAUUUUAUGUUAAAAAGUCAUGUAUUUUUAAACACAUUUUACACAAGGAUUUAUGCAACUUGGACUGGAAAUUUCUGAAAUGUAAUUUCUGAAACUAGGGGUGUGUAAUGCCAGUGCAUGAUUUGAUGCUCAUGAUGCUCACAGGUCAGAUGUUUUCAGUGCAUGACACUCCAGUCAAUCUCCUCAAGGUUAGAACACUAAAGGAGCCACUAAUGUACCUAGUAAAUGCACUCGGCUGUGUUGUGAUUACAUGUUAGGUUCGGGUUAAGCAGCAGACAAGUUUGAUGAAUUUGUGGGAGGAUUUAUUAUGAACCUUAAUCCAAGAAGGUCAUAAUUAAGAUAAUUACUGAUGUUGUUGACCUUGCUGGUGUGCCAGACAGUGUGAAGUGGAGAUGUUAGUGGAUUUGGAUUUGUUGUUCUUGUGUAUGUGGAACCUGCUUUUCUCAAAAAAAAAAAAAAGUGCCCUAAGAAAUAUGAGAUUUUCUUUUGCACUGUGAAGAGUUCUGAAUAUAUUCUCAGCAGGCAGUCAAAAUACAUUUUGUGUUAUAUAAAUUUUGCAUGAAUGUAAAUACUGAGAACGGAAACCAGCCUUUAAGACUGUUAUUUGCUUGAGGAUGUUUUUUAUAUAGUAGAAACUCAUAUGUUGUCAUACAUUAACAUGUUAACAUACAUUAACAUUAUUGACAUUGUAUCAAUAUACAUUGACAUCUUGUUGCAUUAACAUUAUUGAAUACCAUAUCUGAUAAACUUUGUUGUAGAUGUGCAAAGCUGCAUUUACUAAAUCCACUAGCCUGGACAGGUAUGGAGACUUGUUUAAAUAGAGGUUAGGGAGAUGCAUUUUCAAACUCUUUUAAUAUGCACAGGAUACUGAGAAACAGUAAGAUGUGGCACAGUUCUGACCAGUAGUCAUGUUGUAUGUUUCAGAGUCACACAUGUGGCUUUUAACAUGAUUUUGAAAUCAGUCCAGUCACAUGAUGUACAGCUAGAGUACCCAGAUAUCUGCAGUGUCCCCUCAGUUUACUAAAACAUCAGUCAGCUGUGUGUGUAGCUCGUGCCCUGUGCUUCUUAAUAACACAACACUCUUGCUUUGACAGUCAUUUCAUUUGUCAGUACUUCUAUUCUAGAAUGUCUUUGAGCAAAUCAGCUUGUUGCCAUGACAAUAUGAUGACCUUUCAGAUGACCUUCAGACAGCGAAGCACAGGAGACACAGUUGCAUGUGGAAUUACAUUUAAUGGUUUUGGUUUCCAAUGUU